AUGGGCCUGGAUAAAAUGAAGAAAACAGCAUGUGGGUUCUGCUUUGUGGAACACUGUUCAAGAGCAGAUACAGAAAAUGCCACGUGGUACAUAAAUGGAAUGCGUCUGGAUGACCGGAUCAUUCGCACAGACUGGGACACAGGCUUUAAGGAGGGCAGGCAGUAUGGCCGUGGGCGUUCUGGAGGCCAUGUACGAGAUGAGUAUCGUCAGGACUAUGAUGCUGGGAGAGGAGGCUAUGGAAAACUGGCCCAAAACCUGUGA